AAAUCGCUCCUCCCUCCGUCUCUCCGGCUUUGUACCCAGAGCUGAAACCACGCUGCCGGCUACCUUCUUCAAGAUACCGGGGCUGCUAAACAUCUGAAAAAAUGGCUCUCCACGUCCCAAAAGCACCGGGCUUUGCCCAAAUGUUGAAGGAUGGAGCAAAGCACUAUUCAGGACUUGAAGAGGCAGUCUUUCGUAACAUCAAAGCCUGCAAGGAGCUUUCCCAGACAACACGCACUGCUUACGGGCCUAAUGGUAUGAAUAAAAUGGUCAUCAACCACUUGGAGAAGCUGUUUGUCACCAAUGAUGCUGCGACUAUUCUCAGAGAGCUCGAGGUGCAGCACCCAGCAGCCAAGAUGAUUGUAAUGGCAUCACACAUGCAAGAGCAGGAGGUUGGAGAUGGUACAAACUUUGUGUUGGUGUUUGCAGGAGCUCUGCUGGAGCUGGCUGAAGAGCUGCUCAGGAUGGGCUUGUCUGUGUCCGAGGUGAUUGAAGGCUAUGAGAAAGCAUGCAAAAAGACCCUGGACAUCCUGCCAGAUUGCGUUUGUUCCUCAGCUAAAGACCUCCAUGAUGUCAAAGAGGUAACGUCUCUCAUCCGUACAGCAGUCAUCAGUAAACAAUAUGGAAAUGAAGACUUCCUCGCCAAACUCAUCGCAGACGCCUGUGUAUCAAUCUUCCCAGAGUCCGGCAAUUUCACUGUUGACAACGUCAGAGUAUGCAAGAUUCUCGGUUGUGGGGUGACAUCAUCCUCCAUGCUUCAUGGCAUGGUGUUUAAAAAAGAAGCCGAGGGAGACGUCACAUCAGUUAAAGACGCCAAAAUCGCCGUCUUCUCCUGCCCCUUUGACGCCACGGUGACAGAAACCAAGGGCACAGUGCUGAUCAACAAUGCACAGGAGCUGAUGCACUUCAGUAAGGGAGAGGAGGACAUGAUGGAGGCUCAGGUGAAGGCCAUCAAGGCGGCUGGUGCCAACGUGGUGGUCACUGGGGGGAAAGUUGCUGACAUGGCGCUGCACUAUGCCAACAAGUACCAGCUCAUGGUGGUCCGACUCAAUUCAAAGUGGGACCUCAGGCGGUUGUGUAAGACAGUGGGAGCUGUAGCCCUGCCCAGGAUGACGGCUCCAACUCCAGAUGAGAUUGGUCACUGUGACAACGUUUACCUGUCCGAGGUCGGGGACACUCAAGUGGUGGUCUUCAAACACGAGAAAGAGGACGGUGCCAUCUCGACGGUCGUGAUCAGAGGCUCCACAGACAACCUGAUGGACGACAUCGAGAGGGCUGUGGACGAUGGAGUCAACACCUUCAAGGUUCUAGUCAGGGACAAACGCCUGGUACCCGGAGCAGGAGCCACUGAGAUUGAGCUGGCCAAACAGAUCACCUCAUAUGGAGAGUCUUGCCCUGGUCUGGAGCAGUACGCCAUCAAAAAGUUUGCUGAAGCCUUCGAGGCUUUGCCUCGUGCGCUGGCUGAGAACUCUGGAGUGAAGGGGAGCGAACUCAUCUCUAAACUUUACUCCGCACAUCAUGAGGGAAACAAAAAUAUGGGCUUUGACAUCGAGGCGGAAGGCCCUGCGUUGAAGGACAUGCUUGAAGCUGGUAUUGUGGAGCCGUAUCUGGUCAAACACUGGGGCAUCAAACUGGCUACCAAUGCUGCCAUCACAGUGCUGAGGGUGGACCAGAUCAUCAUGGCAAAACCAGCAGGGGGACCCAAAGCUCCCCAGGGCAGGAAGGACUUUGACGAGGAUGACUGAACCUGAUGUGUAGUCCAGCUGAUGCUCCUGUUAACCCUGAACGCUCCCAAACAGAUUAAUCAAAUCCUUUUCUACUUGUUUAUUUAAAGCUCAACACUUUGGUUCAUUUUGUAGAAUUAACCACACAUUAGUUAAAAAAAAAAAUGUUAUGUUAACGUCAAAAUGUGUGGAUCGCACUGCUUUCUCUGUUUAGUCCCAAAUAAAAGGCCCUUGAGUUGUAAUGUCA